GGCUGUUCUGGCUGGUUGACAGCGAGAGCGAAAACUGUGACAAGCCCCUUUUUGAUUAAUUAUGAUAGAGAUGGCGCUGCGCGUAGCCGCCCCGCCCCCCAAACCACGCAUGUUUACGUGAAAGAUGUUCUAGGGCCUUUCGAGAAGCGUGCCUGGGCCCUCGCCACCGGCGGUGGCUGCCGUCACGGAGAUGGACGUUAUGUCUCGCUCUGCCGUCACAGUGCCGAGCCCUGUUCCCCCACCAUCCCCGCGAGCUGGCCUCGUGCAGGGCGGAAAAAGUGUCCGAUGAGACGAGACACAGGGCAGAGCAUAGCUCAGCAACUAGCUGGUCAUUUCAAGAGGCCGUCUUUGUGAGCCCAUCGCCGACGAGGACGUGAUAGCGCCAAGCCAGCCCGGUUCGGCCGUCCGCGAGCCAUGCUCAGGCCAAGACAGCUAGGCGUAGUGGCAGCAGCGGCCGGGUGCCAAGGCAACAGAUCGAAUGAAGUUGAAAGAAAAUGUGGCGCAUAGGCAGGCGACAGGUUAUGGACGCAUCCAGUGUGGAGGGCAAUCAAUAACCCUCAGCAGCGAAUCACGGAUAGGUAGGCUUCGCUGCUCCCCCCCCCGGCCACAACGGCUAGCAUGUUCAGGCAACACCCCUCGAGGCGGGACAUGCCCCCCUGCGCGUCGUUCCAACCGCGCAAUGAUUUCUGCAGCUUGCCGUCGUCCCAAGCCUCUGACGAGGUGACCGGUCCGGCUCCCAGCACUGUGCCUGAAGCCUGAAGCCUG